AGGCUCCCGCGCCCCCCGGGGCGGCGGGGCGGGGUGAUGCCCUCGGUGAUGGAGAAGCCGGGCGCGGGCUCCGGAAUCCUGUCCCGCAGCCGGGCCAAGACGGCGCCCAACGGCGGCCAGCCGCACUCGGAGGAUGACAGCAGCGAGGAGGAGCACUCGCACGACAGCAUGAUCCGCGUUGGAACCAAUUACCAGGCCGUAAUUCCGGAGUGCAAGCCUGAGAGCCCUGCCCGCUACAGCAACAAGGAGCUGAAGGGGAUGCUGGUGUGGUCGCCCAACCACUGCGUGUCUGACGCCAAGCUUGACAAGUACAUUGCGAUGGCCAAGGAGAAGCAUGGCUACAACAUCGAGCAGGCACUGGGCAUGCUCCUGUGGCAUAAGCAUGACGUGGAGAAGUCACUGGCUGACCUGGCCAACUUCACCCCGUUCCCGGAUGAGUGGACGGUAGAGGACAAGGUGCUGUUUGAACAGGCCUUUGGCUUCCAUGGCAAGUGCUUCCAGCGGAUCCAGCAGAUGCUGCCUGACAAGCUGAUCCCCAGCCUGGUGAAGUAUUACUACUCUUGGAAGAAGACCCGUAGCCGAACCAGUGUGAUGGACAGACAGGCCCGGCGGCUGGGGGGCCGCAAGGACAAAGAAGACAGCGAUGAGCUUGAAGAAGGACGAGGAGCUGUGAGUGAGGGAGAGCCAGAUGCUGGAGACCCCAAAAGAGAGCCUCUGCCCUCUUCUCGGCCCCUGAAUGCCCGCCCAGGCCCCGGGAAGAAGGAGGCCCAGGGGUCUCAGUACCGCCACCACCCACUGCGAACCCGGCGGCGCCCACCCAAGGGCAUGUACCUGAGCCCUGAGGGUCUCACUGCUGUGUCAGGAAGCCCGGACCUGGCCAACCUCACGCUUCGAGGCCUUGACUCCCAGCUCAUCUCCCUCAAGCGCCAGGUGCAGAGCAUGAAGCAGACCAAUAGCAGCCUCCGUCAAGCCCUGGAGGGCGGCAUCGAUCCGCUACGCCCCCCUGAGGCCAACACCAAGUUCAAUUCCCGCUGGACCACGGAUGAGCAGCUUUUGGCUGUGCAAGGUCCAGAUCACUUCUGUCUCGACGUCAGUGCCCCGAGCGGUGCCCCCCGCGCCACCCCCUCCUCCACCUCCCGCUUCGCUGUCUCAGCCCCCCCCACUGCUGAGGCCACCUCUGCCCACAGCUCCCACUUUGCUUCGACAGCCGCCCCCACUGCAGCAGGGCCGCUUCCUCCAGCCUCGGCUGGCCCCCAACCAGCCCCCUCCUCCUCUCAUCCGCCCCGCUCUGGCUGCCUCCCGCCACAGCGCCCGCCCCGGCCCUCAGCCCCCACCCACCCUGAUUGGUGCUUCUCUGGAGCCUCCAGCACCCUCACUCUGAGCCCUGAGGCUCCAGAACCCCUUUGCUGCAUGUCCUCGGGCGCCUCUGGCUUCAGACAGAAGGAACUAAUGCUCCUGCCAGGUCUUCGAAGACCUGGAGCUGCCGACAGGCACAGCCUGGACCCGUGGGCUGUUUCUGGCAGCCGAGCCCAUCUCCACCCCCACCCCAGCCAGGGGCUGGGACUCAGGGGCCUCUGGGCCAGCCAGAGGGUACUUUCUCUUCCUGGCCUGGAAGGGUUGGCUGCCCCCCUAGUCUGCUGGGGCUCGGCCUCCAGGCCCAGUGCUGGAGGUCAGGCCCUUCGUGUAGGGGGGUAGCGACUGUAGCUUGGGUGGCGGGAGAGGACAGUAUGGUGGGCUGGCUGUUCUUCCUCUUUCCCUUCUUUUAGCAAUAAG